AUGGGCCACGACGACGCCGAGUCGGACGACAUCCUUCCCACGUACGAAGGCGCGGUCGCGGGGCACGCGUUCGGGUGGGACAACGAGAGCCCCGCGCGCGCGGUGCGCGUCAGCGCGUUCGCGGUGGCGUGGCGGCCCGUCACGAACGGCGAGUUCCUCGCGUUCUACCGCGGCGCGGGGCGCGGCCGGGUCGCGUGCCCUGUCAGCUGGGUCGAGGACCAAGAUGGCGACGGCGACGGCGGCGUGCGCGUGCGCACGCUGUACGGCGCGGUGCCGAUGGACGUGGCGCGGGACUGGCCGGUGCUCACGGCGUACGACGACCUGGCGGCGUACGCGCGCGCGCAGGGCGGGCGCAUCCCGACGGAGGCGGAGCUGCGGCUGUUCCUGGACACGUACCAGGUCGGCUACGAGGAGGGCGCGAACACGGGCUUCCGGAACUGGCACUCGCUGCCGGCGACGGCUGGCUGCGCAGCGAACGGCGGGAGGGGCUCGAACGGCGGCGUCUGGGAGUGGACGUCGACGGUUUUGGACACGCACGAAGGGUUCGCAGGGACGACGAUCUUCCCUGGAUAUACCUCGGACUUUUUCGACACAAAACACCAGGUUGUGCUUGGAGCGUCAUACGCUACGAUACCUCGGCUGGGCGACCGCCGCACCGUCCGCAACUUCUACCAGCACAAUUAUCCGUACCCGUGGGUUGGCGCACGGGUGGCCUACGACGUUUAA